AUGGGCUGGUUCAGCUCCUCGCCCACUCCUGCGCAGCCUGCGGCCGUCACGCAGCCAUCGAGCCCGAAGAAUCUUGCCGCAGACCUCAAGCCGGCGGGCGAGGUGGAGAAAGUCAAGCCCUGCUGCGUAUGCAAAGACGAAAAGGCCCAGCGUGACGAGUGCAUGCUGUUCUCGCGGGCCGACGACCCCCAGGAAGACUGCAAGGGCAUGGUCGCGCGGUACAAAGACUGCAUGGCGGGCUAUGGGUUCAAAAUCUAA